AUGGCUUCUUCUCCUCGCAACUCAUCGAUGGACUUGGGUCCAAAGGAAGAGAAGAAGGAUGCUGAUUUGGAGAUGAUUGAGAAUGUCUCUCAAGCCCAGGGAAAUGAUAGGCCUGAAGAAGGUGCUUGGGCCUCUGCAAAGAACAAUCCCAUAGUGAUUCUGUAUAGCAUUGGUGCUUGCGCGAGCUCAAUGCUUUGGGGGUUUGAUAUUGGAGUCAACUCUAUCUCUGUCGCACUGCCUGGGUUUAAAAUGGUCUUUGGGUAUGAAUAUCAAGGUGAACUCCUGAUAUCAGCAACUUGGAAUGCUCUCUGGACGGCUAUGACCUCGCUUGGAAUGUUGGUUGGUGGGUAUACUCUAACUUUGCCUUCAAUUGAAUCCAUGCUUAUUAGCCCCGCAGGAAGUAUACUCUGUGGUUAUCUCUCAGACCGUGGCGGUCGAAGACUUGGGUUUGCGGUAGGAUCUGCCACUUCUUUGUUAGGGGUUGGCCUUGAAUACGGUGCAAGUGGUCCUGGUAUGCUUCUGGCUGGAAAAAUUGUCAACGGUCUCUCUUUAGGAUUCUUCCUCACUCUCAGCUCCGUCUAUGCGUCUGAAAUUGCCCCAACCCCCUUGCGCCCAUCCUUAACUGCUGCGGUCAAUUUGUUCAUCAACGCCGGUCAGCUGACUGCCAUCGGGAUUGGAAAUACCCGUUAUGGUAUAUUGAGCCCGUCAUCGUACAAGGUUUUGUUCGCGGCACAGUGGGCGUUCCCAUGCUUUAUUGGAUUGGUCACAUUUGUCAUGCCCGAGAGCCCCUGGUAUCUUUGCAGAAAGGGUCAGAUUGAAGCGGCAAAGAAGAGCCUUGAAAGACUGCAUUUGAAGUCAACUGAUACAUCCUUGAUUUUAGAAGACAUCCAAGCUUCUAUCGCCGAUGAAAGAGCAGUCGCCGAAAGUCAAAAGGAUGCUUCCUAUAAGGAUUGCUUCCGGGCCAGCAAUUGGCGCAGAACACGCAUCUCCUGUGGGAUGUUUGCCGUGCAGCAAUUCACUGGAAUUGCGUUCUACUCCCAAGCUUUAUAUUUCCUGGGUAUUUCUGGACUUCCCGUCAGCUUUACUUUCCAGUUAGCACUGGGAGGGUUUGGAGUAGCCAUGUUCGGAAACAUCGUCUCGUGGUUUAUAAUGAAUUAUAUUGGUCGCCGGCCACUUUUGUUGACAGGAAUCAUUCUCAAUGCGCUUUUACUGCUGUCUGUCGGUGUGGCCGGAUGCUUCUCUAGCAUGGCCGCCCUAUACUACGUUGGCUACGUUAUGAACUUUGCCCAGUUGUUCUACGCCCCCACCGUCGGUGCGGUCAGUUGGACAAUCAGCGCCGAGGCCAGCUCCAUCAAACUUCGAGCCCAAACGCAAAGCUUGGCUAUUGUGACGAAUGCACUGGUCAGCUGGGUCAUGAACUUUGUUGCUCCUUACCUGAUCAACACCGACAACGCUGACUUGGGUGGCAAAUCUGCAUUUGUAUGGAUGGCUCUUUCCUUCCUGAGUCUGAUCUGGGCUUGGUUUGAGGUCCCAGAGUUCAAGGACCGCACUUUCAGCGAACUUGACGGGAUGUUCGCUCAGAAUAUUCCAACUCGGCAGUUUACCAGGCAGGCAGCGGAGAUGAAUCGGAGUCUUUGA